UGAGAGGCAAAGCAGGAAGGAACGGCGCGGCAGAGCUGCAGAGUGGAGGCAGCAGGGCGGCGAGCGGCGGCGACAGGGCUGCCCCCGCCGCCCGGGGCUGCGCGCUGGGCAGAGGCAGCAAGGAUGGGCGGGUGCGGGGCGGCUCCGCCAUCCGCGGUCCUCUAAGCCUCGGCCACCUCCCGCCGCGCUACAUAGAAGAGGGAGGGGUGGCGGAGGAGAUUUGCCCAGACUGGCCAAAGCGCGUGGGGCGGCGAUGCAUGCUGCCAGGGAAGCGCACUAGUGACCGGCUCCUCAUUCCAUGCCUGUCUCCUGAAGCGACCCUCCCCACCCCGCCCGGCAUGGAUGUGGCCAACAACACUACCUCCCCAGAACGCUCCUCCGAUGGGGCAGGCAGCUCCAGCUUCGCCGAGGUGACCCUGAGCUACCAGCUGCUCACGUCUCUGCUCCUGGGCACGCUCAUCUUGUGCGCCGUGAGCGGCAACGCCUGCGUGAUCGCGGCCAUCGCCCUGGAGCGCUCCUUGCAAACCGUGGCCAACUAUCUCAUCGGCUCGCUGGCCGUCACCGAUCUCAUGGUGUCCGUAUUGGUGCUGCCCAUGGCGGCCCUCUAUCAAGUGCUGAACAAGUGGACGCUGGGGCAAGUCACCUGUGACAUCUUCAUCUCGCUGGACGUGUUGUGCUGCACCUCUUCCAUCCUGCAUCUGUGCGCCAUCGCGUUGGACAGGUACUGGGCCAUCACGGACCCUAUCGACUAUGUCAACAAGCGAACUCCACGUCGAGCUGCCGUGCUCAUCAGUCUGACCUGGGUUAUUGGCUUCUUGAUAUCCAUUCCGCCCAUGCUGGGUUGGAGGACGCCCGAAGAUCGCUCGGACCCCGAUGCCUGCACCAUCAGCAAGGACCAUGGGUACACCAUCUAUUCCACCUUCGGCGCCUUCUACAUCCCUCUGCUUCUCAUGCUGGUGCUCUACGGCCGCAUCUUCAAAGCGGCCCGCUUCAGGAUCCGCAAAACGGUCAAGAAAGCAGAGAAAAAGAAAAUCGCCGACACCUGCCUCACCCUCUCCCCAGCCCCCCUGCAGAAGAAAAGCAACGGGGAGCCCGGCAAGGGCUGGCAGCGGACUGUGGAGCCCAAGCCCGGUGCCUGUGUCAAUGGCGCGGUGCGGCAGGGUGAGGACGGGGCAGUCUUGGAAAUCAUCGAGGUCCAGCGCUGCAACAGCUCCUCCAAGACUCACCUGCCGCUGCCCAACGAGGCGUGUAGCUCCCAGCCACCCCUCUCCUUCGAGAGACGCAACGAGAAGAACACAGAAGCCAAGAGGAGGAUGGCUCUGUCACGGGAGAGAAAGACUGUCAAGACCUUGGGCAUCAUUAUGGGCACCUUCAUUCUCUGCUGGCUGCCGUUCUUCAUCGUGGCGCUGGUCCUGCCCUUUUGUGACAGUAAGUGCUACAUGCCCGAGUGGCUGGGGGCAGUCAUCAACUGGCUGGGCUACUCCAACUCCCUCCUCAACCCUAUCAUCUAUGCCUAUUUCAACAAAGACUUCCAAAGUGCUUUUAAGAAAAUUAUCAAGUGCAAAUUUUGCCGGCAGUGAAGCCCGCCGCUCCAGGACGGGACAGGAGGUCUGGCUCCAUCCUCCUGGCCCCCGCCGCAGUGUAUGUGUGUGUCCCCCCGUCCAAACCCUCUAUGGCACCGGCAGAAGGGCGGGGAACUCCAGGAUGCAACCCCUGCGCGCAGCACGCCUGAGUCCCUUGUUCCUCCGCCCGUCGGACGAUCCCUAUAGGCUCGGGCUCGUCACGGCAGGGCUCGGGCGACAGGGGAACGCCUUGCCCAGGAGGGUUCCGUGGCUCCCCUCGCCCGGCCUCACCGAGGCUCAGCUGUCGGGCAAGGGCGCUCUCGCCUCCCUCCUUCCCAUCCAUCAUUCUGAGUAGACUUAGAGUUUGCAGGUCGUUGCUUGUGGUCACUGUAAACCACAGUGUCUGCCUGAGUAGCAUCGGUAAAAAAUAAAACACCCUAUGCAGAAAAACGCCGUGUUGGGGAUUUUUCUUGGAUUAAUGAAGAGACGGCGGGGGGCCUCAGAGUCCGACCUCGGACUACCAGUGUAAGUAUGGAGGCUGAAGGCGACACCCCAAGCGGAAGAAGGGGAUUUGGUUUCGUGGCUUCCCGGGCUGUGAAACCACCAAGUGGAUUUUCUUCGGGGAGAAGUGACCGUGCUUUGUAACCUUGCAAGGUACUUACAGCAACACCCCCGUCAGCGUUGCCUGUGUUCAACAGCCCGCCUGCUAUGCUAGGACCUUCCUAUUCAUCGGGCUUCCCUUCGUUGCACUGCAGGGAGGUAGUGGGGCUUAACCCUCAACCGCACGUCUCAUUACAUGGGGAUAUUUUUAAAAAACGCCUUUAACUGAUGUUUUCCCACUACGGAAAGGCUUGGCACUCUGCAGCUGUACCUGAGUUCACCACGCAUGUAGCGGCACAGGCAGUUUAAGCAGCCUGUAAAGUAGCGGGUUUUUAUUUUUCUUUUUCUCCCCCUGUUUUCCUCCUCCGCCUUUAUUCUUGUUUUUAAACUGCUUCAAACUUUCUCCGGAGACGCUGCAGUUGCUUUGGAGACAGCCAGUGCAGCAUAUUUUGCUCGGUGAAAAAACAAGCAAACAAAAAUAAACAAUAAAAACCUGGAACGAACCGAUCAACCAAAACAUUGCCAUGUGCUCUGUGCCGGUAGUGGGGGCGCCGAGAGCAUCCGCUUGCGGCAGCCUCGCGGGUGUUGUUUUUCGAACAGGCUCUCUCUUCCCCCAGGCCAGCCCCCGGCGGCGGGUAAGCACGACCCUCCCCAAGGAUGAGGGCUACGGCCAUGAAGUAUUAAGUGUCAGUGCUAUAGUAACGGCAGCCAGCCUAGGCUCCUCGGCAGAGGUUCUCCCCUUUUUCGCCAAGCCCACCUGGGAAACCUGAGUUGUUUCCCCUUCCCCGCCUGGCUCGGGGCUGGAACAGGGCAAUGUUGUCCGCUGCACAGCUUCUAUGCUAGCCUUUCCAUCUUGCCGUGCGCCUGUUUUUACCGUCGGGUGCGGCCGGGAUCUGAGGGCCUCUGUCGAGUGGGAUGGCGCCGGGCCGGGUAUGGGCACUGGCACUGGUCGGCUGCAGCGUGCCUCUGCGACGAGCUGCCUGAAAUGAAUGCUUGACCAAAUAUAUAUAUAUGUGUAUGUAUAUAUAUGUGUGUAUAUAUAUAUAUACACACACACAUACAUUCCUGUUUAUUUUUGUGUAAUCUGUGUUACCUGUAGGUAAAAGGGAAUGUUAAAUCUGUGUGUCACGUGAAUGUGUCCAGUCAUUUCUGAACUUCAGUCGCUCACAUUAAAUGACAGUAGUGCUUUUAACAGCCUCAAAUGCAGAGUUGUUUUUCUGAAAAUCUUAUUUGACCUAAUUUGCUCAAUUAAAGUGAUCUUUGAUCUUAUCUCCUCUUUGAUCACUCCUAAUCACGUGUAUCCUAGAUAUUCCUUAAGUGCAGGAGCGCCAGAGCAGUCAACGCGCAACUAUUAGGAAGCCAAAAUGUCUGAGUUCUCGGAUAACCUGAGAGUUCGGAGGCCCGUCUGCCGGGGUCGGGGCUGGACAGAGACGGUGGCACCCCGGGGCACGGAAAGGAGUGGGGUCGGAGAGUGGGGCACGACGCGCCUCGGUGAGGCGGAAGAGCUCCCCUGCAGCGUGGUCUCUAUCUCCCGUAGCCACCUUCCGCCUUUCUACACGUUUGAUCCUUUAAAAAGUUGAUUUAUGUAUUUAUAAUUUGCAAGCCUUCCUACAAACUCGACAACGAUUCCAGCUGGGAAAGCGCGGCCGCCCUCUGCCUCCGCACGACAGACAGCGCAGGUCCUGUCCCGGCGUACGGGAAACUGCUCCUGGUGGGGGCGUGGGGGCCGCCAGCCUCCGGAGUCCCGGGACCUGCAGACAGGACCCAACCGGAGGUGUAUCAGGCAGGACGGUGAGAAGGGUGUAGUGCCUGUGCCUCUUUCAUUACUUUCCUAACCCCGAGCUGUGGGACGAGGGGCACAGCCCCGGAGGCCACGCCGAGAUCUGCGAGAUGCCUCAGCCUCCCCGUGUCGCGGCCGGCUAGGCGGGAGAGGGUGGACUCGGGAGCGCAGUAGCGCAAAUGCUGCCAGCUGGCAGGAGCGCGCCUGUCCCCGUCCCGCUUUGCCGCCCGUCUGCCCGUGCGGGCGCCUGAUGGUCUCACCGACGCGAUGCUCGGGAGAGGCCCCGGACACCUGCUGCCCUCCCCUGGGCGAACGGUCUGUGGCAGAGGGAAAAAUGCUCACCGGCGUGGGCAAACGGGCCGGACACUAGAGCAACCUGACCUCAGAGCCGCCGAAGCCGAGCGGGUAGCCGCGGUGCUCCGGUCGGCUCUCGCCCUGUUCCCCCUCCCCUGGCUGUUCGCUGCGAUCUCAGUGGGGAGAGUAUUUCUCUGGACAGUUCCACGUUUCUCACUCCGUCUGUUUUCUAUUUCUCUCAUCUUUCUCCCCACCGGGCCCUGUCUCUUUAUGUUAAAUUCUACAAUGUGGAGAAAACGGCUUGCUUUAAAAGAUGUCUUUUCGUUUCUGUAAUUUUUAAAUCCCUAAUUUGAUUUCCACUACAAUUAAAGAAAAU